AUGAAGAUGAGAGUGCUGGCACUGCUGGCGCUCUUGGCCGUGUGCUCUGGCACUCGGAUGAUCCCCUUGCUGGGCGAGGGACAAGACGGUACGACCAUUGUGGACCUGGGCGGCAAGGACUGGCGGGUGGCGAGCAGCAACGGCAGCAUCAGUGCGGCCGCGUCGGUACCCGGCGUCAUUCACCUCGACCUGCUCAAAGCAAAGGUGAUCGAAGACCCCUACGUGAGGUACCGCGACGUCGAGUACCGCUGGAUCGCGCUCACCGACUGGACCUACUCCCGUCGCUUCCGCGUAUCGGCCGACCUGCUCGCCCACGCCGAGGUGGUGCUGGUCUGCGAGGGCCUCGACACGGUGGCCAGCGUGGCGAUCAACGGGAAGGUCAUCGGGUACGCCGACAACAUGUUCCGUCGGUACCUCUUCACCGUGCCCACCGACCUGUUGCGGUCGGGGCCGGACAACACCAUCACCGUCAGCUUCACCUCGGCCGAGACCUACGCCAAGGCACGUCCUCCUCCGCCCAACCACCUGGGCCGCGGGUGGUAG